AUGGUCUUCUUCAAUGGUAGUAGCUACAGACCUUUUCUUCUGAGUGGUUUUCCUGGUCUGGAAGACUCACAUCCAAUGAUUUCCAUUUUGUUUUGUGUCCUCUACCUGAUUGCCCUAAUGGGUAACAUCACCAUCUUAGUGGUUAUUAAAGUGGAACGGUCACUUCAUACACCCAUGUACUUUUUUCUCUCCAUGCUGGCUGCUAGUGACCUUGGAAUCUGUGCUACCACCCUGCCCACCCUGCUCAAGCUUUUCUGGUUUAAUGUUCGGGAAAUAGACUUUGAUGCCUGCCUCAUCCAGAUGUUCUUUAUCCAUGUGUUUUCUUUAAUGGAGUCAGGCAUCCUCCUCACCAUGGCUUUUGACCGCUAUGUGGCCAUCUCCAACCCACUCAGGUACACUACUGUUUUGACUGAUUCUACCAUAGCCAAAAUAGGUGUGGGGCUUCUGCUACGGGCUGUGGCUGUCAUCUUCCCAGGACCCUUUCUCAUCAAACGACUGAGGUUUUGUAAGGCUAAUGUGCUCUCCCACUCAUACUGCCUGCACCCAGAUAUAAUCAAGCUCUCUUGUUCUGACCACCGAAUAAAUAGCAUCUAUGGCCUCAUCAUCAUUCUCAUCACCUUUGGUGUGGACUCUGUACUCAUUCUCCUCUCUUAUUUGAAGAUCCUGAUUACUGUGCUAGGCAUUGCCUCCCGGGAACAACAAUUUAAGGCCCUUAACACUUGUGUCUCCCACAUCUGUGCUGUGCUUCUGGUUUAUGUCCCUAUGCUGGGUGUAUCCAUUAUCCAUCGCUUUGGGAAACAUGUUCCAUCUAUGGUGCACAUUAUCAUGGGUUAUAUAUACCUAUUGAUUCCUCCUGUUCUCAACCCUGUUGUAUACUGUGUUAAAACCCGAGAGAUACGUACCCGUAUUCUAGGUAAUCUACUGAAAUUAUAG